AUGUCAUGGGCUGACCUAUAUGCUUACUUCUCCAAAGAAGUGGAAGGCGGCGUGAGCGCCAAGUCGGUGGAUGCCCUGUUCAAGUCGCUGGACCGUUCGUCGCGCGGGUCGGUCACGUUACAGGAGUUCACCGAGGUGGUCACACAACGCUUGAGCUCCCUGCGCGCUGAGAAGGAGCUGGAGAUGCGACUUGCGGAGCGUGUGCCCCGCAUCCACGUGGUUCCCGGUUCGAACCGCCUUAACUGCGUUGCUAAGACCGAGGUGUUCAGAGUGCAGGUAGUCACCCGACCCAUGGUCCGUGAGCUGGGCCAGGUGUGGGCUGAGAUGGACGCCGACCGUGACGGCCGUGUCAGCAUCGCAGACCUCCGCCGCUACUUCACGCGCACUCAACCGGGGUUGCUGCCCUUCCUGACAUCCAUCUUCCGGGCGAUCGAGGGCAAGGGCCGGACGGGCAUGGUCACUUUCCAGCACCUCCUGAAGGCACUGUACCCGGAGGCCUCUCCCGCCGACCUGCGCACAUUGCAGGCCAUGUCCACCAGCCGCAAGUCCCGUCUCGCGGCGGCGGCGGCCGAGGCGGCGGCCAAUGACAAGCUACUGGCGGAGAUCCAGGGCGUCUUCUCGGUGUUUGAUGAUGACCAGCGUGGAGAGCUUGACGAGGAAGAGUUCGUGAGCGCCAUGGAGCUCACAGGUCACACCAAGGAGGAAGCUAAAGGGAUGUUUAAGGCGAUAGAUGCCGAGGGCAGCGGCGUGGUGCGUUGGGCCGCUUUCCGCAAGUGGUACACUAGCAGCUAUUCAAGGUUCAUGGAGGAGGCCCAGCGCAAAAUGCUGGAAGAGGGUGCGGAGUAG